AUGUCGGCAGCAGGUCUCUUCCUCUGCCUCGUCUCCGCUCUCGCCUUGCCCACCUUCUCUUCCUCCUCGCAGUCGCUGGCCAGCGCCACCAGCGACCAGCGGGACGCCGACAGGGUGGUGGGCCUCCCCGGGCAGCCGGAGAGCCCGAGCGUCUCCGGCUACGUCACGGUGAACGAGCGCAACGGGAGGGCGCUCUUCUACUGGUUCUUCGAGGCGCAGACCACGCCGGAGGAGAAGCCGCUCCUCCUCUGGCUCAAUGGAGGACCUGGUUGCUCCUCAAUUGGCUAUGGAGCUGCAUCUGAGCUAGGGCCUCUCAGAGUUGUCAGACGAGGAGCAGCGCUGGAGUUCAACGAAUAUGCCUGGCACAAAGAGGCUAACCUGCUGUUCUUGGAGUCUCCUGUUGGAGUUGGCUUCUCCUACACCAACACGUCCUCUGACCUUGACAAACUCAAUGAUGACUUUGUAGGUCACUAUGUGCCACAAUUGGCUGAACUUGUUUAUGAUAGGAACACGGACAAGAAGGGCAAAGCAUAUACCAACCUCAAGGGGUUCAUUGUGAGGAUUUGA